UAUUAAACACUAUCAAACGACUAUCAAACGAUUUGAGUAAAAAAAAGUUUAAAAAAUAAAAGUUGGCCGGCCAACUUCACGCAGUUUACUCAGACUAUAAAAGGAAACCUCCCACCAUCUAAUCCUCCAUUUUCUCUGCUGAUCGAGCCAUGUCUCAUAGAAAAUUCAGCGCCCCUCGUCAUGGGUCUAUGGGGUUCUACCCCAAAAAGAGAUCUCAGCGUCAUCGUGGUAAAGUAAAGGCAUUCCCUAAGGAUGAUCCUAACAAGCCUGUUCAUUUGACGGCAUUCAUUGGAUACAAGGCUGGUAUGACGCACGUUGUACGUGAGGCUGAUCGUCCAGGUUCAAAGGUGAACAAGAAGGAAAUUGUUGAGGCUGUAACAAUCCUUGAAACACCACCCAUGAUUGUAGUCGGUGUUGUUGGAUACAUCGAAACUCCUCACGGUCUUCGUGCCCUGACUACUGUUUGGGCCGAGCAUCUUUCAGAGGAUUGCAGAAGACGUUUCUACAAGAACUGGUACAAGAGCAAGAAGAAGGCCUUCACCAAAGCCUCAAAGAAGUGGCAAGAUGAUCUUGGCCGCAAAUCUAUUGAGAAGGAUCUUAAAAAGAUCACCAAGUACUGCAAGGUUGUCCGCAUCAUUGCUCACACCCAGAUGAAGUUGUUGAAACAACGUCAAAAGAAAGCUCACAUCAUGGAAAUUCAAUUAAACGGUGGAACAGUUGACCAGAAGGUUCAGUGGGCUCGUGAACAUUUGGAGAAACCUGUGCCAGUAAACAAUGUAUUUGCUACCGAUGAGAUGAUUGAUGUCAUUGGUGUCACCAAGGGCAAAGGAUACAAGGGUGUUACAUCCAGGUGGCACACCAAGAAACUGCCACGCAAGACACAUAAAGGUCUCAGAAAGGUUGCUUGUAUCGGUGCAUGGCAUCCUAGCAGAGUAUCUUUCACUGUUGCUCGUGCUGGUCAGAAGGGAUACCAUCAUCGUACUGAAAUGAACAAGAAGAUAUACCGCAUUGGACAGGGUAUCCAUACAAAGGAGGGAAAGAUCGUCAAGAACAACGCUUCCACCGAGUACGAUCUUACUGAGAAGACCAUCACCCCCAUGGGUGGAUUCCCUCAUUAUGGUGAAGUCAAUAAUGAUUUCAUCAUGCUCAAGGGUUGCUGCAUGGGACCCAAAAAGCGUGUCAUCACUCUUCGUAAGUCCCUACUUGUGCACACUAAACGAGCUGCCUUGGAGAAGAUAAAUUUGAAAUUCAUCGAUACCAGCUCCAAGUUUGGACACGGUCGUUUCCAAACUGCUGCCGACAAGGUUUCCUUCAUGGGUCAACUCAAGAAGGACCGCAUCCGCGAGGAACAGGCGCAAACAGCAGCUGCAGCUCCAUCCACUGCAGCUGCACAGUAAAUGUAUUUUACUGUGUUUCAUUCAAUAAAGAACUAAAUCGAA